UGCUCCGUCGAGUAUAAAAGCCGAAAACCAUCCAUCCAUAGCAUCAUUCGCAUCACAAACUAGCAGAUCGACAGAUCUACCAAUCCACUCGAAGAACAAUGGCCUUCAAGUUCGUAGCCUUCGCCACCCUCGUGGCCGCCGCUAAUGCCGGUUUGAUCCCAGCUUCCCCUGUGGCUUAUGCUGCGGCUCCAGUAGCUGCGGUGGCUCCAGUAGCUGCAGUGGCUCCAGUAGCUAAAGCUGUAGUAGCUAAAGCCGUCGAUGCCGACUACGAUCCGCAUCCCCAAUACAGCUACGCUUACGACGUGCACGACAGCCUGACCGGUGAUGCUAAGAGCCAACAGGAGACUCGCGAUGGCGAUGUCGUUCAGGGUAGCUACUCUCUUCUCGAAGCUGAUGGUUCCAGACGCACGGUUGACUAUACCGCUGACCCCGUGAACGGAUUCAACGCCGUUGUACGCAAAGAACCCGCCACCGUCGCCGUCAAGGCCGUAGCAGCUGCUCCAGUAGCUCACGUCGCAACCCCAGUCGCCCACGCCGCUCCUCUGGCCUACGCCGCACACGUCGCAGCUCCCGUUGCUCAUGCCGCUCCCCUCGCUUACGCCGCACCAGUAGCCAAACUCGCCGCAGCCCCCGUCGCCCACGCCGCUCCUCUCGCUUACGCCGCACCUGUUGCCAAGUUCGCCGCUCCUCUCACUUACGCCGCACCCGUAGCCAAACUCGCAACCCCCGUCGCGUACGCACAAGCAGCCCCGGCCUACUAUCACUGAACCAAUCUCUCCACUCGUCUCUUGUUAGGAACAAUGUUUGAUCAAUAAAUUUGUUUUUUUUAGCAACUAUAUAAAAA